AUGUCUUCAUCAUCUUUCACUCACAUGAAUCCAUCCACGACAAACGACACAUCUGCGAGCUGGGGUGAUAUUCCAACAGAAAUAUAUGGCGAAAUUCUUUCCUUCUUGCCUAUAUUGCCCUAUUACUUCAAAUUCUCUUCCGUAUGCAAAAACUGGAGUGAACAAAUUGAUUACUUGUUGACCUCGAUGAGUAGAAAUGCCGAACGUUUUAAUUUCCAUUUACAUUUCGGCUAUGUCUAUGCUUCAAACAUUGAAUAUGUGGAUUUGUUGCGAAUUAUUGCAAGAUGUCGUGGAGUCAAAAAGAUCACUCUGGUCAAUAUGGUUGUGAGUAAUGAAGUUCUGAACGCCAUUGCACUCACACGUGUAGAAACUCUCAUUAUCAGCGAUUGCGCAUUACGAACCUCUUACAUGGAAAAGCGUUAUAGCAGUGGCGAGGUGGUUCUUCCAUUUGGAAAUAAGGACAUCGCUCAAGGCCUUGAUGACACCACUUCAACACUCCAGUUUUUUUGGAGUCGUCGAUCAUUCUUACAAAACAAACAACGAAAAGAAGAUGAACAAAAUUUCAAAGAGAUCUUGUCAAAUCAACACAAUGAUCCAGAAACCAAAAUCACCACACGAUUCCAGUUUUUAAAGUAUAUAUUAUUGAUCAAUGCUAAUGGAGUAUUGUGUGUGAACGAAAGUUUUGAUGUCAAAUUGAAAAAACUGAAAGAUUUUAAUCCAUCAGAAACUGAUUUAACUACCUUAAAUUUUAAUGUAGACGAAUAUUGUCUCGAAUGCUCAAAUAAUUAUUUCAGUGAAAAAUCUGAAGAAUGUUACACAUCAAUUCUCACAGUCAAAAACCAUUCACCCAUUCACAUCACUGCUUUACAUUUAGAUGACAAAAACACGCCCUUCAGAUAUACCCAACAUUUGACAAUAGAACCUGAGCGCACAACAUAUUCUAUAGAUUGGUAUAACCUCAGAAAAUCAUUACCAAUUUACUCGCUUUCAUCUUUUUCAGAUUGGAUUGCAAUUUUGAAAAAGUAUGAGCUUUUUCAUUGCUUUGAUUCAAAUACACUUGUUAAUGUGAGUGAAAAGAGAUUAUUAGAAUGCAUGGAAGCAAAGUUAAUUUCACCUUUUGCAACCUGUGAUGGAAAGUCCUAUUUGGAAACAAGAUACUUGAAACCAAUGUUUGACACUAUUCCAAUGUUAUCGAAUGCUUCAAAAAAGGGUAAGAAAUAUGAAGAUUGGAGAAAUAGUGAUAUAGUGAAGUCCUGUGUGAAACUCAUCACAUGGAUUCAUGCCAACCGCUCGGACGCUGUACAUGAAGAAAAUCCAGCUGCAAAGAAAGCUCUCAAAUUUUGUAAGGAUAUUGACAAGAAGUGGAAAACAUGGUUUGAAGGAGUGACAUUCGAUACCGAACCCGAGGACAUGAUUUAUUGGGCACACUUUUUACUUACUGGAGAAUUCUCGCCCAACUCCAACAAAAAGAAGAAAAAACCACAAAUAGAACAGGAAAGUGACGAAGAGGAAAAACCAAAGAAAAGAACCAGCAACAGAAAGAAGAAGAAAGAUUCAGAGGAUGAGGAAAAACCAAACAAAAAGAAAACAGUUUCGAAAAGAAAAAAGAAAGACCCAGAAGAGGAAGAUGACGACUUCAUUGAAAAAGAAAGUAAGAAGAAAAAGAAGGAAAGUUCUGUUCCUCCCUCAACAGAGCGAAGAGUCACAAGAAGUUCCUCAAUGUUGUCAUCCUUUAUUAAAUAG